AUGGGCCUCUUCACCUCCUUGCGACGAGACCCCGCGGUCAAGCUCGAAAUGAUGACCCUCAAGAUUGAAAACAUGGAACACCAGCGCUGGCCAGACCCAGAGACACGCGCCAUUGUCCACAGGUACCAGGACGCGCUGGGCAUCACCCACAUCCGUAACGAGUUUCCAAAGAAGUACCUCAAGUACCUGCCCCUCGGCUACUUUGAGCCCAUUCCAGCCGCCUGGGCCAACGACCCGUACUCGCCACUGUGCCGCAGGCCCCAGUUCAGCUUCAGCUUUGACGAUGCCGGGGAGGAGCGUCUGUACUGGAUCCUCAACCACUCGAGGCACCCUGGACUUGCCCAGCAGACGUACAUGCGGCCAGACGAGUUUUCCGAGAUGAGGUUGGCGAAUGCCCGUAUGCGCCGAGCCGUCCCUGUAGACGUCAAGUAUGCGAGCCAGUACGACACCUUUCGCACGCAGUACGGUCGUAAAGGGUACUCGAAGCAGGUGCCUCCGCUGCCGAUACACCAGGACUUUCGCGAGCUGGCCAGAACACAUCCCAAGGGUGCAGGUAUCGACACCAUGCUCAUGAUCGACGUUAGCGGCUCGAUGGGCUUUGACCACUACCAGUCUGGGUUCGAGCAGCCCCGCCACAUUGACGUUGUGCACUCGAUUCUCGGCCGGGCGAUGCAUUUCACGACCCCGCGCGACCACUACCACAAGCCCAACGAGGAGGGCGGCAUUGACACGGUCCUGUUCAGCUCGUACGGCCGCCACGUCGGCAAGCUCGGCGAGCACAACUUCCCCCGCAAGUGGCAGGAGAUUCAGUGGUCCGUUGGUGGUGGGACGCAGGUGAUGUCUGGGUGGCAGAAGGUUAAACAGGUGGGUACAGUACACCCCCUUUACCUGCUUACCCACCAGCUGCACUUUGAAAAACACGGCCGGGCCGUCGGCGCGACCUUCCACCCUGUAUACGGCUGGCAGGCGCCGCCCGACAUGGUCAAGCUGUCUCUCCUGGUCCUCCUCGACGGCGAGGCAGUCGACAUGGACGAGUGGGAGCUCGAGAUUCUCGGCGAGACCUGGUGCUAUGCCACCAUUCUGCUCAUCGGCCGCGACGGCUGCCCAAACCACCACCGCCACGCCAACGAGCUCGAGCGCGUGGCAAGGGCCAACCAGCACGUCCAGUUCUACGACUGCCAGGGCCGCAUGAACGAGCGGUACCUCCUCCACAACGUCCUCCAGUCGCUCUACCCUGCCCAGCCGCCCAGCGACGACGAGAUUCUCAAUCCAAAGUACGACCACCCGCCCCCGGCGUACUAUGUCUGA